GUGCGGUCAAAAUUACAAAAACCUUUUUCUACUCUUCUUCGUUCGAGAGUCUCGACCAGUACCAUCCUCCAGUCUCCGCCACCGCCAAACUAUAUUCUUCUUCACUUCUUCUUCACUGGAAGUUAAGACAGAUGGAAACACCAGAAUAUCUAUGGAGGCCCGCAUUUAGUGAUAGCAAUGCUAUGAGGCUUCCAGUUUUGGAAAAGGCCGGUUACGAGGAGGAGGAGGAGGACCCUGGUUGUGGCUUUGUUCAAAUUAAAAAUAAGCAACCUGUGCACUUCAUAGAUACAAAGAACAUAUUGAUAGGUCUUGAAUGCAAGUCUUCAGGGUUUGCGUCUUUGUUGGUGCACAUGAAAGUACGACCAGUAGCGCCCGUAGAUGCACUUAUCUCAAUCGAAUUAGUUCAUAAUCAUCAUUUUGAAACUGGAGAGACUUCAAAGAAUCGGUGCCUGAAUAGGAUACUGUCCUUCUCGGAACAGAACUACAAGCACAAGUUCGAUAAUUGCUUUCAAAUAGAAAAAGCAAAAAGUGAGGGAUUUAUGAUUACUCGACCGACUCAGCACGGUAGCGAAGAUGGUUUCAUGUUUCUUGUUUAUGUGAAUAUCUUGAGAAGGAAGACGGAUCCUGGCACUUAUUUGUCAGCAGGUGCUAGGUCCUUCAUGUUAGCUUGUUAUGGUACAGAAGUGACACAUAAAAUACGAGAUGUUUGCUCUGAUUGUGUUCAGAGUUUAGAAAAAAAUUGUCCAGCCUGGUUUUCCCAAGAUAUUUCAGUUAAGAAGAGAUUAACGGAGAUGUAUUUGGGUUCUCUUGAUAAGAGUGCAUUUCUGCCAAAAACGAGAGAUUGUUUUAAGGAUACAUGUAUUCUUUAUCCUUUAAUAAUGGAGUUACUCAAUUUUGGGAUCGAGAAUGCAGAUAAAGAAGCAGAUUAUGCUAUACCUGGUUUGGACCAAUUAAUUGCAAUUUCACCGGAAGGCUCAGUUUCCUUGAUGCAUGAUUUAGGAACAACCUUGAAAAAAGUAAGGGGAUACAAAAAUUGGGUCAGAAAUAUAUUCAUCUUGCCGAGUAUCACAGGCAAUGAAAACACAUUUGGUGAUCAACUUUUGGAUCUUGGAUGGGGCGCCAUCCAGUUGAUUUUUACCUCUUAUUAUUCCGGGUUGGUGGAUUUUGAUAUUGAGAUUGAAAGACUUGAUAAGUUGAAACUUGAUGCACUCUCAAAAUCACAAAAGAAAAGAUGGGAUAGAGAACCUAAAGCUAAUACGGUUCCUGUCAUGCAUGAUGUCACACCUGCAAAUGCACCUUCACCGACCGUACCUGAUGCCCCUUCGCUGACUGUACCGGAUGCACCUUCACUGACUGUACCUGAUGCACAGAGCUCAGCAGAAAGCUUUGAUAACAUCAUUAUUAGCACAGAGCUCCAGGAGUUAAAUGGCGAUGGAUCAGUGUCGUGGAUUGAGCCAUCCGACAUGUCAGAUGGAGUCGUCAGCAGGAUCGACUAUGAUGGAGCCGAACCUGCAAAUGCACCUUCACCGACCGUACCUGAUGCCCCUUCACCGACCGUACCGGAUGCACCUUCACUGACUGUACCUGAUGCACAGAGCUCAGCAGGAGGCUUGGUCAAAUUGUAGCCUGUUAACGUCACAGUGAGAGUGAGUGACCAAAGUUGUAUUUUCUUUUACUAAUUUGGUGGAAGUAGUGGUGGAUCCGUAGUAGGGAAUUUUCUUAGCUCUUUAAUGAAUAAUGUAUAUCGAUUACAGCCAGGGUAUUUGAGAAAUGGGUUUAGGCUUUUGGUAUUGAAGUAA